AUGGUCGACUCGGGACAUCGGGAACGAACCAUUUAUCUCCAUCUCGCAUCACUUGAUCAUUGUGCUGUCUGCUGGAAGACUGGGUCAAACACUCAGGAGCUGCGAAUCUGCGAGGCGUGCGGUGAGAAGAUAUACUGCUCCCAGAAAUGCCAGAAGAGCGACUGGGAGAACCAUAAAAGGGGAUGUGGGUCUACGGAUCGCAUCGACCUCAAGUCUUUCUACCCGCUCUUGUGUUAUCUUGUUCACCUCAACCAUCUGAACGGUCCAAAGCACCCUGCUCUUGAGCACAAGAUCUUGGGCUCGCCCAACCCCAACACCGAUGACGACUACCACGACCUCCUCAGUUUUCCUGACGGCAAAUCGUUCAAACUUAUAGCCCUAGGAGACGAAAUCCCUUCUUCGUCUGAGGGUACUUACGAAUGGUGGCCUACGGCUAUGUCUACUCAAGUGCGAGAACGUCUCCGGAAUCGCAUCAUCGCAGAGGGACACCUGCUUGCAGUUCUACUGGCUGUAUGUUUGUCUCUAGCCAGUGAGAUGUACACCACUACGGCUGUCCCAGAAGACGAGAAGCCUCUUCUUCAGUACUCCGAGCGACGGCGCGUUCGUCUCGCCUACCAAAGAACCCCUAUUGCGGAUUUUGGCAUCGCUAAGGGCCGACUGGAACACAUUGUCGUCCAGGACAAACUCGCGUACUUCCAUAGCGAGAAGGAACACUUCAUGGAAGGACAGGAUCCCGAAGAUCACUAUUGGAUUUACUUCACGACGGCAAGAGGCGAAGAACUUUUUCUUGAAUGCGGGAUGGGGACCUUCAAUAUGGGGAUCAGAGUCGACACGGACGCGUAUGCCAACCCCCGAUUCUACAUGCUGACGUUGGGAAAGGUUUACGGGUUCUUCCAUGACCGGGAAUUUCGUCGUAAUGCACCCAUAUUUUCAGAGAGACGAACUACGCUCGCCCGCUUUUCUAUGCUUCGGGACCCUGGAGUCUGUCAGGCGAUCAGGUACCAUGAUCCUGGCCUCCAAUGGCCUGGCAAGGCAGGAAUGCUCUCCCUCAUGGAUAGAAUCGCUGGCCGGACUUGUUCGCAGGAGGAGAAAGAACUUUUCCUCAAGUUCUGCACUACGAAUUCGUUCAUUCUUCGUCAGAACAUCCACUACAGGGCUUACCGAGGUUUUCCUUCGUCUCCCGUCGUAGAUUGGGAGACGGAUCCGGAUGAGAAGACUUGUGAAGAAAAAAGGAAGAAGCAGCCGAAUGGUCGGACUAUAUGA